AUGAUGAAGAAGAAGAAUAUGAGAGGAGAAGAGCAGAAGAAUUAAGAAGAUAAAUGGGAGCAAGCAAUCAAGGUUAUGAUUAUGACAGUGGAAUGUCAGGAGGUCCUUCAUCGCUGCAAAGAUCAGCUUGAUGGCUUUAGUCUCGGAAGUCCAGUGCACAAUCAAAUUCCUGAGAGAGACAGAUCAGCAUCCAAUAAUACACAUUUUACUCUUGGACCUUAGAUGAGGCCUGAAGCAGAUGUACCACCACAUGUUAAGGAGCAUAUUGCUAAUAUUUAAAACGAUAAUUCUUCUCUAAUGAGAAGAUUAAACUUAGUCAUACAAGAGUUAGAGAGAGUUAAACGAGAGAAGGACGAAAUCUUCUCCAGACUGAAAUAGGCUGCUAUGGAGUCAAGCGAACUCUAAAAACUAAUUAAUGGUGAGGAUAACGUUGAUAAAGUCAAUAAAUACAUGACUGAUGACUUGGUUUAUGAGAGAGACAGAAACCACAAAAUCAAGCAAGAUUUGAAAGACGUUGAUGUCCACAGAUCUGAUCUAAUUGGCUAGCUUCGAAGGGAACAGGAAGCUUAAGAUGAUAUGCAUGGAGAAAAUCAAAAUUUAGCGCACCAAUUGAGUUAAAGAGUUUUAGCAAUUUAAGAUCUCGAAAAGGAAUCUCAUUUUUCAAUUGAAAAGAUAAGACAGCUGAACAAUGCCAUUGAAAUAUUGAAGAAUUCAUUGAUGGAUGCGACAACUGAUAAAAAUGAACUUCAUAGAAUAGUUAGCUAGCUUAUUUUGGAAAGAAACGAUUUGCUGAACAGAUUAGAAAUCUCCACCAGAAAAUAUGAUGAAUGCGUUAGAGAAAUCACUCACGACAGAUAAGAGAUGGAAGCACAUAAUUAACAACACGCUAAACUCAUUACUGCUAAGAUUAUUUUCCAAGCUCUUGAUCAAUUGUAUAAAAAACGAUUUUAAGCAGGAAUUUCCAAAAUGCAAGAAUACUGUAGCUUCGAUGCUAAAUGCCAUUCAAAAUUGUCUAACUUUGCAAGAAUUUUAGAAUAAUGCGGUCAUUUUAGAAUGAAAGUCGGGUUAGUCCAAUGGUAUUCACUGGCAAUAAAACCAUUAAAGACCAGAGAACAGUCAAAUCUACUGUCAAUUCAGGGAAGUGACUAAAGACUUAAACUCAGAAUGCUUAUUCAUUGGAGAAAAAUAUUUUUGCAAAAGGAGAAGCAAUAUGAAUUGAAAAAUAAUGCAGUCUAGAGAAUAUGGGAUAUUUACAACAGAGAUGCUAAUCAUGAAAUUCAAAGAUCCUUUGUCAUUUGGAAAGAUACUCUAGACAAAUUUAAUCUUAAAAAAGCAAGAGUAAAAAAGCUUAUAUGGAAGUUGUAUUUCUAAAAAAUUAGUCUUGCGAUGAAUCAAUGGCAGAGUCAUGUAGCAAAUGUUGAUACCUAGGUCAGAUUGUAACUCUUAUCAUAGCAAUUCAGUCAAAAGCAAUACCUAACAGUCUUGUUCAAUUCUUUCAAAUUUUAGGUUACUGAGAGUAAAAGAAAAAGAAAGAAUAUAUUGUUCCAUUGCUUGAAAGGAUGGCAAGAUCACAUCAGAUUCUAAAGGUUCUUGAUGGCCUCAAAUGUUGCUGCUUUGAGAUUCAGAGACAGUUGCAACACUUCAAUAUUAAAGCAGUGCUUCGAUGCCUUAAGCACUCACAAAGAAACUGAAAAGUUCUUAAGAUUAGACUAAAUACUCAAUGAGUAGGAAUUGCCAAUGAUUUAAAAUCUAACCAAUGAAACUGAAGAUAUUGAAGUCUAGAGUCGAUUCAAGGCAAAGCAAAGAGCUUGUGAAUGUGUCAAAAAGCUUCUAAGCAAGUAACUCUUUGGAGUUAUUGAGCUUUGGAAAAACCAAGUGGAAAAUCACAAGGAGAAGAUCAGAACUACCUUUAAGGACAGAGUGAUAAGAGUUUAUAACUAAAAAAUAAGAGAUGCCUUUAACUAUUGGAGGACCACUCUCUCUGAGAUUAAGUUGUCAGAGUAGCAAAUGGUCAUAGACGAUUUCUAGCAAUAGGCUACUGAACUCUAAAAUGAAGUGAUUGACCUUAAAAAGGACUUAAACCAGAAGAAGGAGCAGCUCGACUGUUCUUAAUAAAAGCAUGUAUUGAAGUGUGUAACUUCUUACCAAAAAAGGAUGAAGCAAUUAGCUAUUGGAAGAUGGAGAGAUUAGGUACAGACUAUGAAUCAUAGAGAGGAUGGAGCUGACACUAUUAUCUAAAGAUUGAGGAAGAGAUUCCUCAGAAAAGCAUUUGACUUAUACCUAGAAGGAGUCAAAUAUCAAAAGAAGAUAUUAACCGAUGAAGAGAGAUGUGCAUUAUACAAUAAGACUAGAAAUGAAAGAAUCAAGAAGUAAAUCUACAAGGCUUGGAUAUUAUUCAAGGAAAAUCACAAAAGGGCCAAGAAAUACUGGCACAGAUGCUACAUUAGAUUAGAUUUAGGCAUGAAGGAAAUGGCUAUUAAGAAAUGGAGAGAGUAAACUCAAAAAAACGCUGAGAGAGAAAUGAGGGAUAAAUAAAAUCAAAUAGUAGAGAACAUUGAAGAGCUUAAUCAUCAACUAGGUGAGUUGCAUGAGACUGAGGCAAAGGUCAAUCAAAAUAUCAAUAAAAUCAAAGAUCAGACUAUCAAACAAGCCUAGAGAGUCAUAUCCAAUACAUUUGUAAGACUCUUUUAUGCCAAUGAAGCCAGAGCAUUUGAGAAAUGGAGAGAUUGCAUCUAAGAUUAAAAGAGAAAAGAGAAAAUUCUGAAAAAAUUCAUGGAUCACAUGAGGAAAUACUAAUUUGAAAUGGUGAAAAGCUGCCUAUAAAACUGGAUUAUGAACUGCAAAAUCUAGGAAAAGAUGGAUUUGAUUAAGAAAGAAGAGUAAAAGCUGAGAGAUGGCGGUCUCUAAGUAGACAUUCAAGGUAAAACAUAUGACGGCAUUAAGAAUCAGUUGAGUGAUGAGUUAGAUUAGAAUAAGAAGUUGUAAGAUAUGUACAGUACUAGACUGCAGAAGACUAUACAAAUGAUAGUGAACAGAGUUGAUACCAAGGACUAUAUAAGUCAGAAGAGAUACAUUCUUACUUAGUGGAGGAAUUACGUCAAGAGAGAAGUUGCUUUCAUCGGAUGUGUAGAAAAUGUGAUCCAAAAGAGCUUAUGGAACUAGGCUUUUAUCAAGAUUAGAGAGUUCAGUAGAAGAGGGCAUCAAGAUGAUUACAAGGCGAAGGUGUUAAGUAGCUUUAGGCAGAAAUUCUGGAAGAGAACUUGCGGGAAUGCUUUUUCAAACUGGAGAUCAGGUCUGUUUAAUGUAGUGAGCUUCUAAAUAGAGGAGCUAGAUGAAGUCAAUAAUUAGGCUAUAGAGGAUUAUGAUAAUAAGAAAGCUUUAUUCAAAGAGACCAACUGCAACAGGUCUGAAAAAAUUAUUGAAAAAAAUCAUUUAAAAAAUCUAUACCAAUGCUGGAAGAAUGUGACCUAAUUACUUAAGCUUUAAAACGCAAAGAAUUCUGAAUACCAAGAAUAAACUCUCCUGCUUUAAAAGAGAAUGGCAAUCUUCAAGUGGAACUCAAGAAAAAAUGCAACUAAACUAGCCAGGCUAAGAUCUCAGAGACUGAAAUAGAAAGUUCAUUAGAUAAGAUUGAGGUAGUAUUUCUAUGCAAUUAAGGAUCAAUUCAGUAAUGUGAAGGAGUUCUGCACAAGACUGUCUAACCUUGCUAGAAUUCAUGAUCACUAAGGCCUGAAACUCAGUUUGAAUGCCAUGCAGUCAUUCGCUAAAUCAAAGGAAUUUGUCUUCUAAACAAGAAAGCAAAACUCAUCCAAUAAAAUAGAGCAGAUACUAUCCAACUUAAUCUAUAAGAAAAAACAACAAUACUUGAAUGACUUAAGGAUAAGAAGUAUGAGCUCAAAGAAACAGCAUCUUAUUAAAUUCUUCACCAUAUUACGCAAUCUAACCAAUAAGCUGAGAUACCAUUUUAUCAGGUGGAAAGAAGGUGCCAGCGAAAAAGCUUUAGCGCUGGAAAUGCAUGAGGAAGGACCAAUAAGAGAGCAGGUCUUUGAGGACAAGGCAAGAUUUAUGAACUUGAAAGCAUUAAUGAAGGAAGAAGGGUAUGAUGAUAAAGACAUUGAAGCAGCUAUUAAAGAAGAGAGAGGUAGAUAAGGUACUCUCAUUCUCAGAGGACUAAGAAGAAUGCAGCAUUACGACGAGGACAACUACUCUAAGCCCAUGAUGUUUGAUAAAUGGAGGAAAUUCGUGCACAUUAGGAAAUUGUUCAAGUAUUGGCUUGGCUUCGUUGACAAAAGAGGAGAGUACAUCAAGAGUGACUUGCACCAUGCUUUUGACAAGUGGAAGCUCUACUAGCCAGACCAAAAGCAUAGUCUAACAAGAAUGAAAAAGAGAUAAUUAGACUUGAGAACAUUGGAGAACAACAGAGAUCUUGAGAAGUUAGCGGAAAUCGUUGACUAUAAAGAGAGUGAAUUAGAUCACAUGAAUUUGCAGAGAGAAGCUUUAGUUGAGAACUAUGUCAAGGGACAAAAGAUGGCUUUGUCACUUUGGGUCAGUUAUAGAAAGAGAAUGCUGCAUCAAGGACUCAUUAAAUGGUUUGACAUAGUUAAGACAAUGUAAAAUGCUGAUAAGCUAGAUCGACUCAGAAAGAACUUGGAUUAGAUAGAAAUGCUCAAACAAAGAAUUCAAAAUCUUGAAAAUGACAAUUAAGUACUUGCUGAUGAGAACGAAGACCUUAGGUAGUUCUCUAUUGAUGGCUAUGAGAUUGCUAAAAACGCUGAAUAGCUUAACAGUGAAAGAGAGAGAUUAAGUGUUGACCUUGCUGAUAAGGCUCAAGUUAUUAGAAAACUACUAGAUGAGAAUGAAAAACUCACUUCUAGACUUAGGAAUGCCCAAGAGGAGGCAUAGACCAUAAUUAGAUAAACUCUGACUGGAAGUUAGGGCUUCAAAUCCGCUAAUAAAAACUUCGCUUCCCCUAAUUACUGA